AUGAAGGAAAUUUGUCUGCGGAAGUUACUCGUCUUUUUAAGGGCAACGAAGGCCUUUCUGGACGCACUAAGUGAAACUGGCGUGGCUUGCGUAUCGCGGUCGACUGCGAUUAAGUUUUUGCUCGCGCGUAAGUUUGAUGUAGCGCGUGCGCAUACGUUGUGGAGGCAACACGAGGCCACGCGCAGACGGGAAGGCCUCAUCAAGUUUGAGCCCUUUGAGGAUCCGCUCAAGAGCGAACUGGAGACUGGGAAGUUUACGAUAUUGUCUACUCGUGAUGCAACGGGAGCAGCGAUUGCUGUUUUCACAGCGAAUAAGCAUUUUCCGGCACAGACAACACAUCAAACCACUCUACAGGGCGUGGUGUACCAGUUAGACGUAGCUCUGCAGUCGGUAGAGACGCAACGAGCGGGGCUCGUCUUUAUUUACGAUAUGACGGACUCCAAGUACACCAAUUUUGACUACGAGCUCUCGCAGAAGAUACUUACUAUGCUCAAGGGUGGUUAUCCGGCUAAAUUAAAGAAGGUCCUGAUAGUGACGGCGCCGCUGUGGUUCAAGGCGCCGUUCCGAAUCCUCCGAUUGUUCGUGCGUGAGAAGUUGCGCGAGCGAGUGCACACGGUGAGCGCGCCGCAGCUGGGCGUGCACGUGCCGCGCGCGAGCCUGCCGCGACAGCUCGGCGGACAGCUAGAGCCAGAUCACGCUGCCUGGCUAGAGCACUGCCGAAACUGCUAUACGAACAACCUGAACUCGAAGUUGGAUGUGAUAGAUGACUAUGUAAUAAGCAAUCACAUACCGCCCGUCAAACCACAAAAUGGUCUAAUAGAUGCGGAGGUGGCGUGUGACAUGACCAGUGAUCGCGUGGCGCGCCUCGACAACGGCUCCGACAUCAUGCACAUCAGUGAACCCCCCUACACUUGCGAUCCGAGUCCGCUCAGACACGCACACGGUUACAAUGGCGAUAUAAAAUCUGGCAACAUAAACUCUGGCGACGAGGACGAUAUAGAUUUAAUAACGCGCGGCACGUGGUCGUCGGGCGAGGCGUCGCCGGGGCUGUCGGACGAGGAGUGCGGCGGCGGCGGCGCGGGCGAGACGCCGGCCGCGCUGCUCGCCCGCGUGCGCGCGCUCGGCCGCCGCGGGCUCGUCGCCGAGUACGAGGACAUCCGCGCGCGCCCGCCCGCCGGCACCUUCCACCACGCCAAAUUGCCCAGCAACCUAGCGAAGAACCGUUACACGGACGUGCUCUGCUACGACCACUCGCGCGUGUUAUUGUCGCAGCUGGAUGACGACCCCAGUUCCGACUACAUUAAUGCUAAUUACGUAGACGGAUACAAACAAAAGAAUGCUUUCAUCUGCACACAAGGUCCGCUACCGAAGACGUUCGGCGACUUCUGGCGCAUGGUGUGGGAGCAGGGCAGCCUCGUGAUCGUGAUGACGACGCGCACGGUGGAGCGCGGCCGCGUCAAGUGCGGCCAGUACUGGCCCGCGGCGCCCGGGGCGCGCGCCGUGCACGCGGGGCUCGCCGUCGACACCGAGAGCGUCGACGUGGACGACGACUACACCGUGUCGCACCUGCUGCUCACCGACCUGCGGACGGAGCAGCGGCGGCGCGUGUGGCACGGGCAGUACACGCGCUGGCCGGACUACGGCGUGCCGGGCGGCGGCCGCGCCGCGCCCGUGCUGCGCUUCCUGGCGCUCGUGCGGCGCGCGCAGCAGCGGGCGCGCCUCGAAUUAGGAGAUGCGUGGGCGGGUCACAGUAGGGGUCCACCGAUAGUCGUACAUUGUUCUGCUGGCAUCGGUCGCACUGGCACGUUCCUGACGCUGGACACGUGCACGUCGCGGCUGGCGGCGGAGGGCGUGGCGGACGUGCGCGGCGCCGUGGAGCGCAUCCGCCAGCAGCGCGCGCACUCCAUACAGAUGCCCGACCAGUACGUGUUCUGCCACCUGGCGCUGCUCGAGUACGCGGUUAUGCACGGCUAUUUAGAGUCUGCUGAUCUGUCCGGUUUCGACGAUGACAAUGAAGAGGAAUCAGAAUGAAGACUGCUGCGUCCACUCUGCAGUGUGCUGUAAACGCGAGCACGUGCCGCCUGAGUAUACACACGUGUCGACGGAGCACGGACUCGUGUCGCCUGAGCACGGACACACGCCCCGGACACGUGCCGUAUGACCACUGCGUGAGCACGCACACUUGCGCACUUGUGAGCAGUGCGUGAACGUAGCCGCUAGACUGCCCCACUCGUCCACGAACCACCCCCUAGCGCUAAGCCUCCUAGUGUUUACUUUAAAUGUGUAAAUUAAAUCGUUCCUUUAGCAUAAGGACUAAUCGGAUCGCCGUCGGAAGUAAACCUCGACCUACUGUUUUUUUAUCACAUGCGAAAUGUCCGUAACCAAAAAGUAUAACCUUAAUCGUUUAGGUGUACUCUCUAUGUUAUUUAUUUAUAUAUAAGAAGUAUGGCUGUGUGAAGAAUUUUCGUCUUUAAUUUAUGUAGUCUUUAUACUUUAAUAUGAUAUAUUAUAAUUCUUUUGGAAUGCGAAAUCGUACUUGUUACUCUGUACUCGGGCGAGUCUGAUACUUUAAUAUGGUGAGGUGCUGGUAGGAUAAAAUUGUUGUGUCUCGACUGUUCGAUUCUUCCAUUCCUCGUAGCAUCUCGAUGUUGUUCACAUUUUUAUAACGAAUUAUCUUAUAUAUAUACGCACUUAAAUGAGAUAACUUGAUGCUCGUUUGUUCUUUUUAAUCGUUAACUUUUGUCAUCUAUAAUACUGUGAAAAAAUUAUAAAAACGCAAGCAACGAAAAUGGAAGAACAAACAAGAAUCGAGCUUAAUAAUUAAAUAUCAUAGUAAUAAAUGGUUAUAGACUGAAUACUGUUAAUUUCUCUAAAUUUUUAUCGACGCUCCGACGUCACUCGUAUGGAAUGAUAAUGGUACAAUACUACUUGCUGUUACAAACGGAACACGAAUAGUUGUAAAUGUAUUAUAGGCUGGAUAGAUAACCCUAUGAUAGUUGAAAAUUAUGUAAAUGUAUAAAACAAGCUAGUGAAAUGUUAGUUAUAUAUCCGUGACAUAUGUAGUUGAAGCUGAGAUGAAAGUUUAUUUUUCAAAGAAUGUAUCUAUUAGCGACAUAUCGUAUCACUGUAUAUUUUGAAUCGCCGUCCUAUACAAUCGACAUAUCGCGUAACGCCUCAUUAAAUCACAAAUCUUGGAAAUACGCUUGUAAGAUACGCUGAAACUUCAAUUAUAUAAAUGAAAACUAAAUAAACGCUACAUUUGUGUCACCUUCAAAAAUAUUUAGCAUGCUCGUACGAUAUACAUUUUAAUUUUACUUUGAAUUCAAACAACCUUUUAGUAUUAUAAUAAUUUUGUCAUCGAAUAUUUAAAAAGAAAAUGUACGUUAAUAAAUCUACAAAAAUAGCAACUAAUCUCCACUUUUCUCCACUUAUUUUUAUUGCUACGUAACCCGGACCUUGACGUAAGCUUUUCGCUAUCCAAAUGAUAUGUGCACGUUUAAAUCCUGUUUAUGUUUACACAUCAAUACCAGUUUAAAGUUUAUUUGCAAUAUUUUUCUACCAUAAAUUUAUUUUAGGUUUUUCGUAUUGCUAUAUCUACAAUAAUAAAUUAAGUGUGUUGUUGUUGUGAAACAUUAAAAUACCCACUAUCAUAGGAAAUACUAAGACUUAUAAGAUUGGUUAUUUAAAGGACUUCUGUCUUCAAUGUAUAAAAAGCUAAUAAUAAUAUAGUUAAAUAUGACAAUAUGAGUAAUUAUAAACAUGGCUUUAUUGUGCACAAAUAACAAUAUGUUGCGCUACUAAGAAUUUUUUUAUCUUACUUUUUUAAGAAAUAUAAACACUCGGCCUUGGCAUGACAAUCACUGUCUUUUUUUCUGAAUGUUUGCACUCAUAAAAAUAUACAUAAAUCGAGGUUUUUGAAUCCGAUUUCACGCUGGCAACACGUAAACUUAAAAAUACUUUCAAUCUCUGCCCCGGUUAGCUUUAGUAUUUAAAUAGUUGCAGGAUAUUAUUUAUUUUUAAGAUAUUCUCAAACAUAGAUUAAUAACAAAUAGAAGAAUGUAAUGAUAUUUUUCACUUAGCGUACAAAUUGUUUGCCAGAUUAAGAAAUACUUGUAAAUAUACGAUUCAUUGUAACAUUAAGUCUGUAUUUUCGCUCGCUUUUGUUACAUACGAUCAAGUGUCGAAACACCGUUCUUUUUCGCAAUUGUCUGAUGAAUUGUUAAUCUGGAACGUCUGUUGGUUUUCUUAUUUGUAAAUAAUUUUAUCAUCUUUAUGUUAAAAGUUUAAAUUAAAAAUUGUCAAAUAUGUGUGGAAUAAAGAAAUCCUUGUAAUAUAUUGAA